CCAACGGCCAUUGUCCACUCUCAUUCUCCUUUAUAUACACUUCCAUUGGGGCGACCUCGUGCUGCUGCAUUUAGCUACCGCCACUAUCGCAGUCGCACCGUUUCAUUCUCCUCUCGAGUUUUUGGGGCUUGCGAUCUUUGCCGAGAGAUCAACAAUGGUUCUCCAGAACGAUAUCGAUUUGCUGAAUCCUCCGGCCGAGAUCGAAAAGAGGAAGCACAAGCUUAAGCGUCUCGUUCAAUCCCCGAAUUCGUUCUUCAUGGACGUCAAAUGUCAAGGUUGCUUCAAUAUAACCACCGUAUUUAGCCACUCGCAAACAGUCGUUGUCUGUGGGAAUUGCCAGACGGUAUUGUGCCAGCCAACUGGUGGCCGAGCUCGGUUAACAGAAGGAUGCUCUUUCAGGAAAAAGGGAGAUUAGUGUUCAGGCCUAUCAUCUAUCACCGGUGCCUUUGUGGAUUGGUUUCAUCUCUUGACGAGGAAAUUUUGGGUGUUCAUGGCUUUGAUAAUGUCGUUAUAUUUGUAAUAUUUCUAUCGUUUCUUUAUCUAAUGGUACUUGGUUUUUCGAUGUCAAUGCAUGUUAUCCUUAUUUAUAGAUUAUGUUGAGUAAAUGAGCUUUAUUUGAUC